AUGCAUGUUGGACCGGUUGGGAGUGUUCAUAACAAAGCUAGAGAAGCUGCUACAAAUUUGAUGAAUCAAAACACACAUAUUGAAACUGCAGUGAGCAAACACUCUGACCAAGCCCGUAAGGCUUAUCGCACUUGCUUGAAUGCAUCAAUCAAGUGCACUAAGUUUUUAUUGCGACAAGGUCUUGCUUUUCGUGGCCAUGAUGAAAGUGCUACUUCAAGCAAUAAGGGAAAUUACUUGGAGCUAUUGCAAUUCCUUGUAGAUAAUGAUGAUAAAGUUAGAGAAGUUGUGAUGGAAAAUGCUCUGGGGAAUCUCAAAUUACUAGUUCCUUGCAUUCAAAAAGAAAUUGUGAAUUUAUGUGCCCUUGAAACACUUGAUGCUAUCAUGGAUGGUCUAAAAGAUAGAUUCUUUUCAAUAUUGGUGGAUGAAGCACGUGAUGUGUCGGUGAAAGAGCAAAUGGCUAUGGUAUUGCGUUAUGUGGAUGAUAAAGGGCAUGUAAUUGAAAGAUUUGUGGGUAUCCAACGUGUUACGGACACUACUUCAAGUUCACUAAAGGAUGCUAUUGACACAUUCUUUUCUCGCAACGGUUUGAGCCUUUCCAAGCUACGAGGACAAGGUUAUGAUGGUGCUAGAAAUAUGAGAGGUGAGUUGAAUGGCCUUAAAACAAAAAUAUUGAGAGAGCAACCUUGUGGAUAUUAUGUUCAUUGUUUUGCUCAUCAACUUCAACUAGAUCUUGUUGCUGUGGCAAAGAAGAAUAUAGACAUUGCCUCUUUUUUUGCAACGGCUAAUAGUGUGGUUAAUCAUGUUGGAGCAUCUUGUAAGCGGCGUGAUUUACUUAGAGAGCAACUCCAAGAAGAGCUUGUGAUAGCUUUUGAAAAUGAUUGCCUUAUAACGGGGAGAGGCUUAAAUCAAGAAACAAGUCUCAAACGUGCCGGUGACACACGAUGGAACUCACACUAUGGCACCUUGAUUAGCAUCAUUUCUAUGUUUUCAUCCGUGGUUCAUGUGCUUCAAAUGGUUAUUGAUGAUAAUCCCAAUGAAAGUGCGGGUGAAGCAAACAAGUUAAUGAGAGAAAUACGUACUUUUGAGUUUGUGUUUGAUCUUUUCUUGAUGAAAGUCAUAUUGGGACUCACAAAUGAUUUGUCACAAGCAUUGCAAAGGAAGGAUCAAGAAAUUGUGAAUGCAAUGGCUUUAGUGAAAUCAUGCAAGGAAAAGCUACAUUGGAUGAGGAAUAAUGGGUUCGAUGCAUUGGUUGAUAAAGUAUCUUCUUUUUGUUACAAACAUCAUAUUGAUGUUCCUAACAUGGAAGAGGCAUUUAUACUUCCAGGGAGGUCAAGGCGUAAUGCUCCAAUAAAGACAAAUCAUCAUCAUUAUCAUGUGGAGCUCUUUAUUUAUGUCAUUGAUGAGCAAAUUACGGAGUUGGAGGAUUGCUUUAAUGAGGUUACUUCGUCUUGCUCAAUUUAUCCUCAAGACUUUUCGGAUGAGGAUCGUUUGGUACUUGAAGAUCAACUUGAGAAUUAUAUUCAUUAUGUGCGUUCUAGUAGUGAUUUCUCUCAAUUGGAAGGGAUUGUUGCAACUGCUUCAGUGGAGAGAGCAUUUUCUGUUAUGAAUAUUGUUAAGGGUCCACUUAGGAACAAAAUGGGAGAUCAAUAG